AUCUGCGUCAUCCGUGUGUUAUAUCAUGAACUAUAACGAUGAAAAAUAAGUAAUGGCGUUAUAUAUUGUUGUUAUAUAUAUGAAUUAGUGGUGUAACGUUGGUUUAUUGUGUUACAGAUCGAGCAAGAUGGGGCGCCGUCCUGCUCGUUGUUACCGCUACUGCAAAAAUAAACCGUACCCCAAGUCACGGUUCUGUCGUGGUGUGCCAGACCCGAAGAUCCGUAUUUUCGACUUGGGGAGGAAGAAGGCCGAUGUGCGCGAACUGCCGCUGUGCGUCCAUCUGGUGUCUGAUGAGUACGAACAGCUGUCCUCUGAGGCGCUGGAGGCCGGACGGAUCUGUGCCAAUAAGUACCUGGUGAAGAACUGUGGUAAGGAUCAGUUCCACGUACGCGUUCGACUCCAUCCCUUCCACGUGAUCCGUAUUAACAAGAUGUUGUCGUGUGCCGGUGCUGAUAGAUUGCAGACCGGAAUGAGAGGAGCCUUCGGUAAGCCUCAAGGUACCGUGGCCCGCGUUCAGAUUGGCCAACCCAUCAUGUCAGUCCGUACCCACGACCGACACAAGGCCCACGUCAUCGAGGCUCUCCGUCGUGCCAAGUUCAAGUACCCUGGACGUCAGAAGAUCUACGUCUCCCGUAAGUGGGGCUUCACCAAGUUCGACCGCGAGGUGUACGAAGAAUUGAUGGCUAGCGGCCGGCUCUUCCCUGACGGAGUGAGCGUACAGUACCGACCUGAGCACGGGUCGCUCAAUACAUGGAGGAAGGUCCAGCUCGAACUUGCCGGUUUAGCCUAAAGAUAAAAUAAACUGAACUUGAAGAUAAAA